AUGACAGAAGAAUACGUAUGUAAAAUGAUCAAUGACAAAUUGACUAAGUACUAACCUAAUAGUCACCAUUAAUAAUUGACUCUACAUUUUUGUCAGAUUCCAAAAAAUUUAUAAAAGAAAGAAUAAUGCCGUGGGAAGGUUUAGCAAGAUCAGGAAUUAUAACUGAAGAUGAUGCAAAUAAUAUUAAAUUAUUAGAAAAACAAUCAGUUGAGAAUAGAAAUUCAACAGUUAAAGCUCAAGUUGAUUUAUAUGCAAGUAGUUUAUUACAUGUUUUAUCCAAAAUUAAUGAUAAAGAUGAUAUUAUAAAAAAUAUACUUGCACUUAUAAAUGAUUUAUUAUUAGAUUUACCAGAAUUUUCAAAAUCAUUAUUAAAUUUAUCAUCCGCAGAUAGUGGUUUACCAUUUAAUCCAUUUUUGAAACAUUUAGAAAAUAAAGAUUUGUUAAUUAAAUCAUUAAGUUUAUAUAAUUUAACAAUUUUAUUAAAACAAAAGAAUCAUGCAGAUAAUGAAGUAUUAUAUAAGAUCUUCAAUACCAUAACUUCAAUGUUUGAAUCAGACAAUAAUUAUAUCAUGAUUAUAGUUCAAAUUUUACAAGAUUUAUUAAUUAAAUAUAAAUCAGUUUAUCAAGAUUAUUUAGUAAGUUAUUUCAAACCAAUUAAUAAUUUAAUUACUCAAUCAGCAAGUCAUCCAAAUGCAACAGGUUUACAAUUAUCAUAUAAUAUAUUAUUAGCAACUUGGAUAUUAUCAUUUAAUUCACAAAAUAAUAAAAUUUUAACUCAUAAUUUCCCACAAUUAGCUGGAAAUCUUUUAAUUAUUGCAAAAGAUUCAAUAAAAUUAAAAAUUGUGAGAAUUUCAGUUGCAAUUUUGAAAAAUUUCGUAUCAACUGUUAAUUCUCAACAAGAACAAUUUAAAGUUAUAAAAUUAUUACUAUUUCAUGAUGCUUUAAAUACAAUUAAAACUUUAAAAGAAAGAAAAUUUGCAUCAAAUGGAAGUGAUGAAGAAUUGGCAAAUGAUUUGAAUUAUUUGAAUGAUAAUUUAUUAGAAAUUGUCAAUACAAAAUUGACUUCAUUUGAUGAAUACAUGACAAGUUUAGAAAAUCCAAAAUUAAUAAGUUGGGCUUCACCAAUACAUAAAUCAAAUGAAUUUUGGUUAGAAAAUUCUUAUAGAUUUAAAGAUUCAAAUUUUAAAUUGGUUAAAAAGAUAUUUGACAUCAUGAAUCAUAAUGAUGGUGCUAUACCAAUAAUUUUACUAAAUGAUUUACAGUUUUUAAUCAAGAAUUUAGGUCAAGAUUUAAUAACCUUCGUAAAUAAUCAUAGUCAAUACAAAUUAUUGGUUAUGUCUUAUUUAGAUCAAGGUAAUAAUGAAUUAAAAUAUGAAGCUUUGAAAACAAUUCAAUUAUUGGUUGGUCACAACUUUUAA